AUGCGACCUCCGCGUCUACUCUUCCUCGCCUUUUGUCUCCUCUUCUUCCCAAUCUUUCUCACCUUUUACUCCGCCCUCACCUCAUCUCCUCAUGUGUCGACACCUAGCUCGCUUGCUGGUCAAGCGACAGGAAUACACUCGCUAUUCUCCUUCAACCUACCGUCGUCGCUCUUCCCUCCAUCUGCCAUCAUAAGCCUCACCGAUGAGAACUCGACGUUCUUCAUAGCCAGACCUGCGGCGUUUGGCCCCCUACUUCCGGACAAAGGGCUGAGUGGACAGUUAUGGGUCGGUAGUGGGUUUGGAGAGAGAUCAACCGAUUCUGGGAGAGAACUGGGCUGCUCAGAUAUCCCGGGCUGGAAGGAGGGCGACACCGAUCUCCCGGAGAGCCGCGAUGGGAAGCCUGGCUCCAGUGACAUGGACGCAGGCAUUACCCCGGGCAAAAGCCAUGCCGACUUCCUGCCGGGGUCGACCUCUCGCGAUGGAUAUCCCGGAUCGUUACCGCCGAACGAUGGCACGGAUGACCAUCUUCACCAUCCCCUUCCCGAGUCCGUUGUGGUCGAUACCGCCGAAAAAAACCGUGACUCAUCUCCGGCUCUAAAAAGUGCGCAUGCCGACAUACAAUCUCUGCAAGAAUCUGCGGAGAUCAGUGGUCAGGUCGUCCUGCUGAGCAGAGGCGGCUGUGGCUUCCUGGAGAAGGUCAAGUGGGCUCAACGGCGCGGGGCCCUCGCGGUGAUUGUGGGCGAUGAUACUCGAGGGGGAAGCCUUGUUACGAUGUAUGCGCGAGGUGAUACCUCGAACGUUACAAUCCCCGCAUUGUUCACAUCUUACACUACGGCCCAUCUGCUGUCGUCUCUCAUUCCCCCGCAGGACCGGGAGGAACACAUCUCGAUCGACGGAGCAAAAACCGCCAGCGAGCCCGAGGCCGAACCUACACCAGCGGUGUCCGCGGCAGCAACACCUUCAUCUACUCAGCAGACUACGAGCGACGAAGUGCUUCCAGCGUCGAACUCCGGGUUCCUACACACACUGCUAUCGAUCUUCGGCUUAGGCGGAGGCGAGCAGGUCGGUACCUUGGAAGAGAACAGGCGGCCGCCAACUAGUGGCAAUAUCAACUGGGUCCCAGUGAACCAGGAAAUGCCUCGAAAAGAAGCCGAAACUGGCGAUAAGAACUCCAAAGCCUCGAAAUCCAAAACAAGCGGCGACGGCGACGGCUUCCUCAUUGGUGUGCAAGACUGGCGGGAUCCGGAUCUUGUUGCGCCCAAGAGCAGUGCCAGGGCCGUCCCCACAGGUAAUUCUGUGUCGGAAGCAGCUAAACAGGGCAAGGACAAAGACACGUCUACGCCUAAAGGCGGCAGCAUUACUCCUGGCAGUGGAGAGUAUCGCGCCGUGGAGAAAUCAAGUACUUCCGAAUUCAAGUCCCAAAGAAUCGAGCGACGUUCUCCCGACGGUACAAAAUCGAAGGGAUGGUUUUCGAGGCAUUUCCUCGGCGUGAGAACAGAGGGAGCCGAAGGAAAGAAACAGCGGUUUACGCGUGAUGUCCCGAAAAAGGAUACCAAGACCAAAGAGCAUGAAGGCUUAUGGGUCACCCUUACGCCGACGAGCAUGUCUACUAGUCCAUUCUUCGAUACCCUUCUCGUUCUCGUCGUGAGCCCGCUACUCACUCUGUCUGUGGUUUACAUCUUGUUAUUACUCCGAUCGCGCAUCCGGCGACGACGUUGGCGAGCACCCAAGUCGCUAGUUGAGCGCCUUCCAGUGAGAACAUAUCAUACAAUGCCAACAUCGUCGUCAUCGUCGUCCAGCUCCCUGCGAUCCCCGAGCCCUGGGCCUGUCUCUCAGACGUCUCCUCUUCUAGGUUCGAAGAGUACUGAACGUCCUGUUUCUCGGCCACGGGUCCAGAAUGCGGAGUCGUCAUUCGAGUCGAGGAGGGAAAAGCCCGGCACAUCUACGACGUGGCGUCGGAAGUACACCGGACGACAAGUCGAGUGUGUUGUUUGCCUUGAAGAAUACAUCGACGGCGAGAGCCGCGUGAUGAGCCUACCAUGUGGCCAUGAGUUCCACGUGGAGUGCAUUACUCCAUGGUUGACGACCCGUCGUCGGACCUGUCCCAUCUGCAAGGGGGACGUCGUACGGUCCAUGUCACAGAGUCAUCAUGCUGAAACGCGACCCGAACACGACGCGGAAGCCCACCGCGGCGCAACGUCCGCACCACUCCCUAUUACCUCCAUGGGCGAGGACGAAAUGACAGACCUAGAGCGACGUAUCUCAGAUACCGGUCUUGAACGACACGGUUCUUCAUCUCCCCCGAGCUGGCGGAACUUUGCAGCUCUCAGUCUUUCAGCGCUUAGCGGCGACACAAUCUGGCACCAAGGCAGGGCCGACAACGACAGCUAA